AUGGACAUCGAGAUCCCGUUUCUUGUAGCCUUCGUCUUCCUCGCGCUCCUCCUCAGGCUCAUCCGGAGCUACAUCACAUCAUCGCGCACGAAGCCAUCACCAGCGCUUCGGCUGCCACUAGGGCCAUGGCAGCUGCCGCUCAUCGGCAGCCUGCACCACCUCCUCCUGUCGCGCUUCAGCGACCUGCCUCACCGGGUGCUGCGCGAGAUGUCCGGAACCUACGGGCCCCUCAUGAUGCUCCGCUUCGGCUCCGUGCCCACGCUGGUGGUCUCCUCCGCCGAGGCUGCCAGGGAGGUGAUGAGGACCCACGACCUCGCCUUCUGCAACCGCCACCUGGGCGUCACCCUCGAGACCAUCAGCUGCGGCGGCAAGGACAUCAUCUGCUCCCCCUACAACGCCCACUGGCGUGAGCUCCGCAAGCUGUGCAUGCUCGAGAUCUUCAGCCAGCGGCGCGUGCUCUCGUUCCGGCCCGUCCGGGAAGCCGAGGUGGCGCGCCUCCUCCGCUCCAUCUCCGACGAGAGCAGCGGUGGCCAGCAGCCCGUCAACCUCACCGAAGGGAUCUGCCGCAUGAUAAACGACGUCGCCGCGCGCACGGUCGUCGGCAACCGGUGCGAGUACCGGGAUGAAUACAUACACGAACUGGAUGAAGUGGUGCGGCUGGCCGGUGGGUUCAACCUGGCGGACCUGUACCCGUCCUCGCGGCUGGUACGCCGGUUCAGCGCCGCCGCGAAGGACGCGAGGAGGUGCCAGAGGAACAUGUACCGUAUCAUUCAGAGCAUCAUCCAGGAGCGUGAAGCCAUGGCGACGCCAGAGCGAGACGAGGACCUCCACGGCGUCCUCCUGAGGCUGCAGAGAGAAGGUGGCCUGCAGUUUGCUCUCACCAACGAGAUAGUCAGCACCGUCAUUUUCGUAAGAUCUGCUUAA